GCCCUGACGCCGUUCUUUCUCUAAGAUGGACUCUUCGGCACAAGAAAGGACUGCUGCGAAGCGUGGCGAGUUUUGCGCUGAUAACCGCAUCACAUACAAAGUGCCGCACAUACCAGUUGACGACGUUGCUUCAUGGCAGUUCUCACUAUUUCAUCUACAUCCAACCAACUUCAUCCUUCUCACAUUCCCCACAUCUGUCCCUCAAGAUGCUGAUGAGGAAUUCGUCGUUCCUCACAUGGACAUUGCUUGUCUCCAGAACUCACUGGCCUAUCAGAAGGUGUUGGAAGAACCUUGGACCUACUUGCAUAACUGGAACACCUUGGCUCCGUCCGCACAGCAGGAGUUGGCGCAAAACUUUAUGAGCACUUUGGCGCAGCUGAAAACUGAGAUGGCCAUAACCCAGGGUGUAUUUGAUCCGUACGCAGUGAGUCAACAAACCGCCCAGUGUGUUAUUGAG